UGCAGCAGCCACCGAGUUCUCCUAGGCGGUUUGCUUCUGUGACACCGAACCCACGCAAACUUGCUCGCAGCUCUUCAACUCUUUUUCCCCUUUUUCUUCCUAUCUUCCCUCUCGGGUUUCCUCCACUAAUCGUCGUUUUCUCCUCCAAUCAAAGGAUCACGAUCAGGAUCUAAUAGGGGUUGUACUAUUUUUGAAUCCAAUGGUAGAAAAACCAGCGAAAGGUACUUCAUUUGUACAAGAGGGUAAAAGAAUAGAUCGCAGUAACUAUGGAUAAGGUGGAAACCCAUCAUAGGGAGACUCAUGGAAUGAGCGAUGACAUGGAUGAGAACACACCAGUAGACAAAGUUAAAGGCCCAAAUGUGUUUGAACGAGCUAAGGAGGAGAUCGAGGCCAUUGUGGAGGCUAUCACUUCCAAGAAAGAAUCACAUCACGAUCCAACCACAAAGAAAGAGGAAAAUGUAAUGGAAGCACCUAAUUUAACCAUAAGGGCACAUGAAGAGGCAAAAACAUUGAACAGGGUUAAAACCCAUGAUAAGGAGACCCAUGGUACCAGCAAUGACAUUGAUGAGAACACACCUGUUGACAAAGUUAAGGGACCAAGUGUAUUUGAAAGAGCGAAAGAAGAGAUCGAAGCCCUUGUAGAAACAAUUCAUCCAAAGAAAGAACAUAGUAACGAGCGAGCAUGAAGUUGAUCUUCUUGGUCUUACAUCACCUUUCUUUAGAGGCUGGAUUAUUAAUCGAGCAAAGAAGGAAAAGGGUUGUCGCCAUGAUGUUUGAGAACUCACAGGUGAAUGAGUCUUAUGUGUUAAGGAUUGUUCUUCCUGUGAAUUUAUGUUCAGGUUGCAAGCAUAAUUAGUUUCUUGCUGCAAUUUUCUUUGAAAACAUAAUGAAUCAGUUUCCAGAAAUUCUACCUGUACAAACUUGGAUCUGUUAACAUGGUGGUCCUUCUCAGAUGUACAUGCUGUUGGUUGGUUGAUGUAUUGAUAAUGUACAGCUUUCCAUAUUUU